ACGGGGCGCCCGCUCCACCGCUGCUCAGUUUGUGUUCCGGGUGAUGCUGUUCCUGCCUUCAAAGCGGUCGGGGGGGGGGUUUCGUGUGUCAACAUCCAGGGUUUUCCCCGGGGAGGCGUAGCAUUAAUACCUGAUGUUGCCUUGAAACAGCCUUUUCUUUUCCUCAGACCGCGUUAGCAACCUGCUAAAGAGCAGAAGACGCACCUUUUCUCCCGCCGCUUUGACGUUAGCUGAUGUUAUUUUAAAGGAUGACAGAGUACGAUGUGCCAACAGCCUCUCCGCUAAUUUAAUAAUAUCUGGAGACGAGCUAGCUUAGCCAGCUGGCCUUGUAGUUUCGGUGAGACCAGGGAAACGCUGCGAAACGCUCCGCUGACAUGAUGUUUCCUCAAUCCAGGCACUCGGCGUCAUCCCAGUCCGGCCAACCUCUGAAGUUCACCACCUCCGACUCCUGUGACCGAAUCAAGGACGAGUUCCAGUUCCUCCAAGCACAGUAUCACAGUUUGAAGUUGGAGUGCGACAAGCUGGCCUCUGAGAAGUCGGAGAUGCAGCGCCACUACAUCAUGUAUUAUGAAAUGUCCUACGGGCUCAACAUUGAAAUGCACAAACAGGCUGAAAUAGUGAAAAGACUGAACGGGAUCUGCGCUCAGGUGCUGCCUUACCUGUCCCAGGAGCACCAACAGCAAGUCAUGGGUGCGAUAGAGAGGGCCAAGCAGGUCACGCCUCCUGAGAUGAACUCCAUCAUACGGCAACAGCUGCAGGUGCAGCACCUGUCCCAGCUGCAGGGCCUGACCCUGCCCGUGGCCCCGCUGCCCCUGGGCCUCACCCCGCCCUCCCUGCCUGCCGUCUCCUCCAGCUCAGGCCUGCUCUCCCUCUCCUCCAUCCUGGCCAACUACUCCCACAGCCAGCCGCAGGCGGCCAAGGAGGACAAGGCCAGGGACGCCGCGGAGAGGGCGCCCAGAGGAGAGGACGGAGACAAGUCCGACUAGCGAAGGCACGCCGAGGUCACCGGGCCGAGGGGAGGCGGUGCGUGGGGGGUGGGGAAGGGGUGUAAGUGUUUAAAACGAAACGGAGAAACAGACUGUAAACGGGGGUUGAUGCAGGUCUUGUAGAGGAGAAACCACAGGGAGGACGGAGCCGAACCGUUUGGAUCCUGAAACGCUUAAAACCCGAGAGGUAACGUCUGUUUCAUUUAGCGCUAAUAGACUCAGUCCAGACCUCAGACUUUCAAUAGUUUCUUUGUGUGUAAUCAGUUGUUAUUAGGCCUAUCAAAUAUAAAUGUUUGUUCCUUUUUCGGAGAGAGGGCUGAGUGAGAAACGAUAACGCCAGAGUUUCUUCACUUCCUUCCCGCUAGUCUGGCAGCGACAGAAAGCAGAUUUAAAAUCCUCCGAGUUCAUUUGGACCUUUUGUUCUCCUCCAUGUCGGUGAAACUAAAGUCAGUUUAUUCCAAAUAAAACUCCCGUCGGUUUGAUACGACUUUGAAAGACAAACGUCUGACUCUGGAGUCGGUUGCUUAUCCCAGAUGAGCAAAAUCUGAUCCUAACUUUGAUCACAUUAGACAGACCGCCGCUUUUAUUUUACUGAGCUGGUCCUCUGGAGAGAAAAGGUUAACAUCGUAUUUUUAGGACCAGACUGAAAAGUGUGUUGUUUUUUUUUAUCGCCAGGUUUCUAGUUUAUUCCUCUGAAAUCAGUUUUUCUGGCUUGUUCGCUCCCGAUAAAUCCAUCACGAGACGAAGCUUCCAGUAAAUCGUGACCCGCUAGGUGAAUUUCAGCUUUCUAUCAAAAACAUAAUCCUCCUCCAGUGCACAGCAGGAAUGGCUCCUUAUCCAACUACAUCAAAUUCACUGACUGGAAAGUUGCAGGUAAAGAAAAGGUGAUAAAUUGGUUUCUUUUCUCUCUCGCCGCCAAAGGCAGACGUGAAGCUCAGACACCAGAAUACUCUCAUUUUUUUUACUCCUUUUGGACUCGGAGUCCUUCCUUACUAGACUUUGAGUGAGUUGUAUGCAUGUCGCAUCAAUUCUGUGUUGAGUUUCUGUGCUCAGAGAACCAACCGCGCCGCCUGCGGGCACGUUGGAUCGGAUUUCAUUCGCUGGUGUAAAACUGUGUUUUUGCUUCUUUUUUCUUCGUCUCAUUGAAAUGCUUCAAGUUAUCAAAGCAGGUUUAAUAUCAGCGAAAGACGAGCUGAGUAGAUGUUUGUUUUAUGCUAAUUGCGUUUAUUAAGGCGGGAUAAAGCUGUUUAAACCAACCUGUUCCUAUGAAAGCACAUUGUUUUCUUUUUUUUUCUAUCAACCGUUGCGAUAUCCGAGUCUUUUACGUCGCUCUAAAAUCUUAGGCAUAAUUUUGUAACCCUUUCCUGACUGGAUGUCGAUGAGUUUUCUACGGAUUGGGGCAUAAAGUGUUGCUGUUUGCGAUCUUUCAGCCCACCUCUGUUAUUCAACAGAAUCUCUUGAAGCGUUUCUUUAUCCUACAGGUGUGGCAAGAUUCACUUUGGGGUGUGGCUGGUGAAAUACAACCAGAAAAAUGCAUCUAGAUUCAUUAUUUAAUUCAUGAUUCAUCAAAAAUGUCAAAUAUAUUUUCAUUGGAUCAGGUUGAUUUAGUGCUUUUUUUUUUUUUUAAUAAAUGUAAUUCCUUUCUAAUUAUUAGGAGUGUGACAGUUUUGAAUUUCUUCAAAUAGCACCAUGGUUGGAUUUAAAUGUUCACGUUAGACAGCAGAGGGCAGCAUUGCUCUCUAUUCCAGAGAAAGAAAAGUUUUUCUUUUUAUUUGUUCCUCCCCCUGAUCUACGUUUCCUGCUUGCUUUCACUCCUUUUACUCGAAUUACAUGAACACCUGAGAUCAGCAUUAAAAACUUUACCCUCUUUAUCUUAAUUUGAAGCACUUAAGAUUCGUAUCAGUCCUGUUCUGCUUUUCUUCUGGCUGCUGGAGAAGCUAAAAGAUAAAACUAAAAAAAAAAAAAAAAGAGUCUCUUGGUGAGAUUUAACUUUGACACAUUUAUGAGCUCGCUCUCCUAAAACCCCCUUUUGGCAAAACUCAGACAUGUGAAUAGUUUGUGCGUUUGUUUUGCUGUGAAGGGCCAAUUUGUAUACAUACGGAUAUAUCAAUAUACAUAUUUUUUAAAGCAUUUUUGUAUGUUUCAAAGCUGCUUUUUAAUGUGUGUGUGUAUAUCAUAAAAAGACCUUGGUGUCGUAUGUGUGCGUGCGCAUUACAUGCAUAGAGGCACAAUGUUGUAUAACAUGUUUUUUUUUUUUUUUGGGUUUAAUUUCCUUCUUCUCAUUGUCUUGUAACAUUAAUUCUAGUUUUCUACAUGUUUCUUUCUUUUUCUGUGCAAACAAACAAACAAAAAAACCUUGUUUAAAUGUGUCAAGAAACACAUUUUAAAAAUACUCGGGACAGAAAAAAAUGAUGUAAGCAAGCAGCUUGUACUUAAGAAUGAAUCAACCUUUUAGCAGUAAGGAAGCUUCUCUGGUGCCUUACAAAUAAAAGAUGUGAUUAAGAGUG